AUGGUCAUCGAAGGCACAAAUACUGAUCUCCACCACUCCGGCACACUCACCUACUAUGCAAACAUAUCUGGAGCCUCGGCCUACACGGAGGGCGUGGAUACAUACUGGACAAUUCCGUGUGAUACCAUCAAUUCCACUGUGCCUACAUUGACGUUCGGCAGACGUGCCUUCAAACUCUCUGCGCAGACAUACAACCUCGGGCCAGACAUUCUUUCCGGUGACUGCUUAGCAAGGAUUACUGCGUCCUCAGAAAUGGAUUUCACGAUCAUCGGCGAUGUUUUUCUUCAGGGCAUUUAUUCGGUGUUUGAUUAUGCAAGCACGAAAUCCAUUAACUCCCACGACGAUUACAAAGCCCGUGCUCGUAUCCUCGCUUAUGACUUCUCUUGGGAUGUCACCGACGCAAGGAAGAUCUGGUGUUUCGGUCCCGAUACCGCUGGCCCGAACUUGCUCGUUGAUGUCACCAAGGGCUCGGCAACAAAAGAGGGUGUCUGCGCUGAGGAAAACAUGCGUGGUAUCCGUUUCAACAUUCUUGAUGUCACGUUGCACGCUGAUGCUAUCUACUGUGGCGGUGGACAACUCAUUCCUACGUGCCGCGGUGUCUGCCACACUGUAUGUUUGCUUGCUACCCCUGGUCUCCAAGAGCCGGCGUACCUCGUCAAGAUCCAAUGUCAUUUGAAUGACAUUGGUGGUAUCGACAACAUGUUGAACAGGCGUCGUGGUCAAGUCUUCAGCGAAGGCCAGGAACGCCCACGUCGUCAACGCUUACCUCCCCGUCAAGGAGUCCUUCAACUUCAACACAGAUCUCCGCUCGCAAACAGCCAGUCAAGCCUAUUGAACUUACUCUAUGGAUGGCUCCCGCAUCUAUACUGA